AAUUCCUUUAUUUGCCCCUGCAAUAACGGCAGAGUGUGCUAAAACUUGUGAAGCUACAUAGUCUCCACUUCAAUCAUGUGAUUCUCAUUUAAUCUCCCUUUCACCCCUUAAUACAUCACCGCUCCCUAUUCAAUCCAUUCACACUACUCCUAAAUCUUACAAUAUCUCUUUUAUAAUGUCCCUUUCUUUUUUCCAAUUUCUAACCAUAUUCUUCCUUUAGUUCCUAAGUUAGUCUACAAACAUCUCAUGAAAGACCUCUCUUUCUUCUUCCGUAAGAGCUUGAUGGGUUCUAAAAUGGGGAGAGGCAUUCGCAACGUUUGCAACGACGACAACUCGACUUCUACUCUCAACCAAAAACAACCCUCCAUAACACCAAGUUCCCAAGAAGUAUCCUCUUCUACUUACAUGGAAGCUGAUCAUGUGCCCCCUAGGAAGAGUGUUACCUUAGAAGAAAUGAUACUUCAACUCGAAAUCGAGGAAGAAAUUGCGAGGAAAGAAAAGGCAGGGUACUACAAAUACAAAGAAGAAAUGAUGAACUUUCCUCGUAGGAUGUCGUGUGUGAACAACUCCGACAUCCUACGAUCAGCCAGGAAUGCAUUGAAUCAAUACCCGCGUUUCUCCCUAGAUGGGAGAGACGCGAUGUAUAGGUCUUCUUUUCGUAAAAGUAGUCCAUCCCCUCGUGUAAUCGACGGGCUUAAGCUAGGGAGGAUGUUGCAUUUGCCAAAUAGUGUAGGAGGGGAGAAUGUUAUAUGGUGCAAGCCAGGGGUGGUACCGAAGUUGAUGGGGCUAGAGGCCAUGCCUUUGCCUAUCAGUAGUCUUUAUAAAACUAAGAAUAAAUCAAAAAUGGAUACGAAGCAAAAGUUGUGCAACGCUAUUAGGAAUCAGAAUUUGAAACGGAGGGAGAAAAGCGAGGCAGAGAGACGACAACAAACGAGGCAUGUAAGGAAAUCGGAUGUGUGUUGUGGGGAUAUUAAGAGAUUAGGGCGUGGUAGUAGUGGUGGUGGUAGUCGUUGUUCUUCCUCGAACGAGUAUUGUGUUAUGAACCCCAUUGCUUUGGAGCCUGUAUAUGGUCUAGGAGGACCAAUAUCAUGGCCAAAUCCUUAUAAAUACACUUCACAUUAGUUGUUGUAAAACUUGUAAUCUUGUAAUCGAUGAUCUAAUCGUAGUUAUUAGUUAAUGACAAUUUUUGUUGUCAAAAAUUUGCCAUGCUUACAUGAAUUUUGCUUUUGUAAAACUUGUAAUCUUGUUAUCGAUAUCAUUCGAACCAUAAUUGUUUUGUCAAGAUUCAACAAGGUAUACAAAAUUUGUAUUGAAACAUAACAAAACUUAUAUGAAAAAAUCAAAUCACAUA